AUGUCAACAUCGACACACUCAGCUGACAGAAACUUCAGCCUCUGGAUAGUACAGCUGAGUCAGGCUCCAGUCUGUCUGUUGGCCGGAAUUCAGGCGACACAACUCGCCAUCACCAACUCCACCGGAGGUAUCGUGGCUGGUCGAUGUUUAAUGGAAGGUGAAGUUGUAAAUGUCUACUGUCGAUUCUCGCGAUUGCGUUUGGCCUGUUCAGCUCAGACUCCGUCAGGCCAUGUGAAGGCAAUUGUUGAGCUUUUGAUUGCCUCACCAAAGCCUGAAGAGCCAGUCAGACGUGUAGAAAUGACCUACCAUGACGAAAUAGAGACUGACACCAACGAUGACUCGAUUUCACGACUUGUACAGACUCUACCCUACACUCUACAAGUCACCAAAAGUCAUGAUGCUGUGAUUCUACAGUGUAGAGUUCGUCCGACAUCUGUAGACCUUCCAGCCAACGUCGGAGAAGCCGAGGUUGCCGGCCUCUUCAACGUCAGUCUUGAGGGUAUGUUGUCAAGUUCAGUGGAGACGGGUAAACUCUGUUUAUUCAUUGAGCUCAAAGAGUUGGUGAUCACACCACCACCGCCCUCAUCACUUGAUGAUCCAGCCUGGAGAUGGCACAUCCUUGAGUCCAAUUUUCUUGUCACCUGUUCCGUGUUCAGUCGACCUGCUUCGAAGGUCAACUUCACCUACUGGCUAAUCAAACCGGGCCGGCUGGAUGCAGCAGUUGCCGGGGGAAUGAAGACAGUGACCGAGUGGAGCGAUGGGCCUGGCCAAGACAACAUCAGCGCUGAGCAAAGCAGCAUCAGGCAGAGUGGUGUUGGUCAGGCUAGUUUCCUCACACCCGCCGCAGCCAGUCAAGAAAAGUUGUACUAUGCAAUCUGCAAGGCAGAACAGCGAUAUUACACCUAUGAAAACGUAAAGGAACGGGUGCGUACCGACAGAUUGGCUAUUGUUUAUCAGUAG